AUGUCUUUCAGAGAUUUAAGAAAUUUUACAGAAAUGAUGAGAGCUUUGGGCUAUACUCGCCUGAUUUCGAUGGAGAAUUUCCGAACACCUAACUUCAAUCUAGUGGCAGAAAUCAUGUUAUGGCUCGUUAAAAGAUAUGAGCCGCAGAUGGAUAUUCCUCCAGAUGUGGACACAGAAUCAGAAAGAGUAUUCUUCAUAAAGGCUGUGGCUCAGUUCAUGGCAACCAAAGCACACAUCAAGCUUAACACCAAGCGCCUCUACCAGGCUGACGGCUAUGCAGUGAAAGAAAUGUUAAAGAUUACGUCUGUGCUAUACAGUGCAAUGAAGACCAAGCAGAUGGGCCUGGAGGACAUAGUGGAGGAGGACAGCAGCACCUUUAAGGUUGACAUUGGAUCACGGAUUUCUGACCUCAAAGAAGCUCGGCAGCUCGCGUCGGAGGUCACAUCUAUAGGAGUGUGUCUCUAUGAUUUACUAGGGAAGGAGGUGGAACUUAGGGAAAAAAGAACUGCGGCCAUUGCAAGACCUUUGGAGAUCGACGUGACUGAAAAGGCCUUGAGAGCAGCCAUUGGAGAGGCUUUAGAAAUGGUGGAGAAAACCAAAGAAAUGCUGAAUAGCAUUGUUUCUGAUGAGGCCAGUCUAGAUGCCAAAAUAGAUAAAAGGAAACAGGACCUGGAGAGAAGUCGGAAGAGACUUCAGACACUGCAAAGUGUGCGACCAGCGUUCAUGGAUGAAUACGAGAAGAUUGAAGAAGACCUGCAGAAACAGUAUGAGAUUUACGUGGCAAAGUUAAAAAACCUUUGUUUCCUCGAGUCUCAGCUAGAAGAUUACCAUCAGAUGGAGCAAGAGCGGUUUGAGGAUGCAGAAAACACUCUGAGGAUGAUGCAGCAAAAUUUGAAGGAGGAGGACAGAGAUUUCAUGAGAAGCUCAUUGAAAGACUUGGACUCCGAGGAGGAUGGUCUUGAAGAUGAAGGUGACAUGGACAGUGAGUUGGAAGAGUCACGGCCUUCUAAUCCAAGACCCACUCGAAAUGGCUUGAUGGCUGCAAAACAGACUAGCGAUUUGUUCAGAAGAGGGACAAGAUUUAUUGGGAAUAUGCAAGGUGGAGACAGUGAUGAGUCAGAAGGCAGUGAGAUAGAGGUGGAUGAAGAUGAUGAUGAAGACGAAGGUGAGGAUGAGAGCAAAGAAUUAGACGACGACAGUUUGGAGGACCGUGUGUCUCGGGCAACUCAUACCUCCAGGGGACGCAGGAGACCACCUCUAUUCGACGAGAGCGACAAUGACUUUUGA